AUGAUUUUAGGCUCUCUUCUUUUCCUCCUCGCGGGCUCUGCUUCUGCUUUGCGACUUCCCGUGCAGCGGCGAGUCGCGGGCCUUCAGCCUCGGUCGACUACCGCAGUCCUCACGAAUCCGGAUAAUGUCAGCAACACUGGGUUCACCGAUGCCGGAAACGGGCUGUAUACUGCGACUCUUUACAUCCAAGGCGAGCCGUUCCAGGUGCAAAUUGACUCGGGCAGCACAGAUCUAUGGGUCAAUAGCGAAAGUGUCGACCUUCAGGGUCUUACCGACACCGGGGUCCACAGCAUUACACCCUAUGGUGAUGGCACCGUGGCCGAAGGACCAAUUGUCCUGGCAAACGUCACGCUUGGCGAGUUCACCGUAUCGGGUCAAGCGCUUGUGACUGCUCCUGGCAGUAAUGCCACGACCCCUGGUGAAGAUCUGGGUCUUCUCGGUGUCGGCCUGCCUCUGGGUUCUAGCAUUUAUCAUGAUCUGAACGGAACGUCGUUCAAUGGUCUGCCUUUCCUCCAAAACGUCUUCUACGAAAUUGCGGACGAGUCCAAGUUCAUUACUCUUCUGUUGUCGCGAACGGAGCUCGGUGAAGCCUCGUACACUCAAGGCGGCGCACUCACGAUCGGUGAACUUGUGAGCAACUACUCCGACAUCGUGGAUACCCCUCGUUUGCCUGUGGUUAACCAGAAGGGGUGGUACACCUGGAUGGACGGCAUCACCGUGAACGGCGUAUUCUACCCCGGAAAUGGUUCCAGUGUUGCCAAAUAUGCAUCGGAGUUUACUGUACAACCUGGGGCAAACCAGAGUUUUGUCCUGCUGGACAGCGGGACCUCACUCGCCCAGGUUCCCAGAUACUAUCUGGAUGCAAUGUUCCAAGACCUCCCUGGCGCCAUCUAUACCGAGCAAGACGGGAAGAACUACUACACGGUCCCCUGUGAGACCAAAGUCAACAUCAGCAUGAUCUUCGGUAACAACAGCUACCCGGUCCACCCGCUUGACUCCGUCUUCGUUGACGUAAACACAACGGGUGCGGUGACGUGCCGCACUGGUAUUCUCAACAUCGAUGACAGCCCGCGCUGGAUCCUGGGCGACACGUUCAUGCGCAACGUCUACACCCUGUUCUAUCACGGAAACGGCUUCCUGCCGGGCGCCGCUGACGAGUCCACUGCGCCGUACAUGCAGAUCCUCAGCCUGACUGACGCUGACGAAGCAUUCGCUGAGUACGACGAGAUGAACGCGCGGCGCAUCGCGGAGAACGAGUACGAGGUCUUCGCCGACCUGUUCAACCUCACCAGCUCCACCGUGUUGGCGGCUUCUGCGACGUACACUUACUCCCUCGUCAACGUCUCCGCUGCCACUGCCACUCCCGCGCCUGCCGACAUCUUCCUCAGCACGUCGACCCUCAGCACGUCGGCCCUCAGCACGUCAACCACGAGCGCGGGCGUGAUGGCGGCUGUGGCAAAGGCGCCCGGCUCCGCGUCCGUGACUUCUGGUACGUCCGUGUCACUGGCCGAAUGGACAGAGCUGAACAGCAACAUCUACAUCAUUAUCGGGCUACUUAGCGGUGCACUAGCGCUUGGUGUCGUCUGUUUUGUGUUGGCUAUUAAGCCCUGCUCGAGCAGGGGGUACAGCAGGAUACAGGGGGUCCCUCCGGCCACGUUCAAGGAACCGGAGUCGACGCCGCUCACGGCUGCUUACCAUGACCACAAGCACUGA